AUGCCGCUGACGCUGGAAGUGAGCUUCGCCGGACUACCGCAAGUGUGGAUUCCAUUACCACGAAGCCUCCACUUCCGGCAGCACAACAUCCCCGUGCGCGCCACGCAGGAGCUCUUCGUGUCGCCGCGACACGGCGUGGCCUCCAAAGGUGGAGCCGAUCUGAUGCUAACUGGCAACGGCUUCGUCUUCCCAACGGUGAACUCGACCUUGGUGGGAUGCGUCUUCGGGCGCAGCUACUUCUCCCAUGCAGUGGUGAGCAGUGCCACCACAAUGACGUGCCGAGCGCCACCACUUGCCAGCAUUACGUCUGCAGAGCCGCCCGUGGACGUGACCAUCGAUCUAAGCUUCGAUGGCGGACAGACGAUGACGAACCUGAACAACUUCUACAGCUACCUGAGAGACUUUGAGUUCAGCGGUAUCGUUCCGUCCGGCGGCCUCUACAGCUCGCUCACGCAAGCGACGCUCUCCGGCAAGGGCUUCCAAAGGACACCGAACUUGUUCUUCCGCUUCGGAGAGAAGCAGGUCUCUGCCGCGUUGGCGAAUGCGCAGAGCCUCCGCACGAUCGCACCCAUCCAGGACGAGCCAGGCACAUAUCCGAUCCUGUACUCCGUCGACAACCAGACCUUUGUGGCAACAGGCCUGUACUGGAUCGCCUCGGCCACAUCCCUGGUUCGCGCCAUCAUCCCCGACCGUGGCUUCCGCGUCGGCGGCACCAACGUGACUUUGGUCACUACCGGCUUAUACUGGCUGCCGUCCUUGGCCUGCGUCUUCGGCUACGCGCCCGUGUCGGUCAUCCCGGUCUACGACGCGAACGACCCAAGCAACCCAAGACUCACGUGCCUCACGCCACCAUGCGAGAAAGCCAUGUACCUGGACGGACUCGGGCCCCAGGAUCCAGAGGAGGAUUGCCAUGGCUUCGUGACGGUGCAGAUGACCUUCAACGGCCGCAACAUGUUUGGAAACCUGAGCUAUGAGUAUGUGAGGAUGCCCCAGGUCUUCUAUGCCAGCCCAUUCCCAGCCGGUGGAUUCAACAACGAAGUGACCAUCGCACUCUUCGGGGAGAACUUCCAGGAGCCCAUGUGGUGCCGAUGGUGGAACUUGGAAGAAGGCCCGGCCACCGACGUCACGCCGGCCUUCAUGCGAUGCCGGGCGCCGUCUCUACCACCAGAGCUGCAGCCAGACAACACCACCGCCCACAGCGUCCUGAGCUACUUCGAGAUCUCGCCGAACGGCCAGGAUUGGACCCGCUUCAAGCGCGCCUGGCUGUGGUACAGGGAGCCACAAGUCUUGACCAUCGAGCCCAACACGACGUUCCGCACAUUUGCUCCCGAGGGCGACUUCAUCAUCACAGGCCGAUACUUCCGCUUGCUGCAGGCGGACCUUGUCCAGUGCGUUUGGCUCUACGACAAGUACCAGCCUGCCGAGCGCACACCCGCUGUACUCCUCGCCCCAGAUGUGCUACGCUGCCGGCCAAGUCAGCCAGCGGCUGCCUCUGGCAUUGACACGGAGUAUCUGCAACCCCUCGGGGUGAGCCUGGAAGUCUCCAUGUCAACACAGGUCGACUCUGCCACGGAGCUGACGGUGCUGGCAGAGGAUCGCAUGGAGCUGUUGGCUUCAGGCGAGGGACUCUAUCCUGGCCCUGCCGUCUUCCCCACCACCUGCCUGGUGACGGGUGGCUGCACGCUGACACUGCGUGGCGAUCGGCUUUGGGCCGAAGAUCCCAUCUACGGUUCCGGCAACCGUUCCGAUGCAAAGCUCUUUGUGGCUGUCGGCGACCACUUGUUGGAGGCGAGGCGUGGCAAGGACCCCAACUGGGCCACGAUUCGACUGCCGCCGACGCCUCACAUGGCCGUGGUUCCACGUAGCGAGCCUUUGCGUCUCACGAGGAACCUGCAGGACUACACGCCGCCAAUUGUGAACAUCGGCUACAAUCCGAUUCCCCUCGGUACAUACUACAGGCCGGAACUUCACAACGGCACGCUGCAGUCGUGUCCUCAAGGCCACGCCUGCCCUGGCAUUGGCGCCAACCAGUCAGCCCUGGACUAUUCCGGAGAGGCACCCGUCCGAUGCUUGCCUGGCAGCUGGAUGAAUGCCACCGGCUACUUCGAGUGCGAGACCUGCCCGGAGGGCGUCUACUGCCCCAGGUACGCGAUGAUUGAGCCAGAGCACUGUGACACUGGCUACGUUUGUUGGGGAAACACGGGCUUCGACGCGAACCUUGCCUUGUGCCCUGGAGGUGCAUUAUGCAUCCGGCCUCCCUACGGCAAGACGCCAUCCUCAAGUUCCUCGCGGUUCCCCUUUAUUCGGCGUUUGAAGGCAAAGAGUGCCGAGACUGACGUGGAUACCUCGCAACCCGAGGAGCCCAGCCAGGAGUUGGCUCUGCCAUCAACGUCUGCCCCUUCCCGUCGCCUCCGCAUCGCGACGGUCCCGACGACGGUGGAGAUCCAAACCUGCCCUGCAGGCUACUUCUGUCCUCCGGGCUCAAUCGCCCAGAUGGAGCCUGAAGGCACGUUGUCGUAUCUGUCACCUAUGCAGUGCACCCGUCUGGGCAUCGUGUGCUCCGAAGGAUCCUCUAACCCGAUGGCCUCCGACGUGAUGGCUGGACCUGGCGAGUAUGUGGCCUUUGACAACAGUGGGGUGUUGCCUUGCCCGGUGGGCAUGUCCUGCCCUGGAGGAACGUUUUCGAUUCCACAGCCGUGCCCACCCGGCCAAUAUCAAGUCAGCUCUGGUGCCCCGGCCUGCUCCACUUGCACUGCCGGCACCAUCUGCCCCGGCUUCGGCAGUGCACUGCCGCAGCUGUGUGUCCCGACGACGAUUUGUCCGUGGGCAACUUAUAGGGUUUAG